CUGCCGCAGCGGGGUUUCGUCCCUGAGCGAAGGAUCAGCCGAGCGAGCGAGGAUGUCCGGGCGCGGGAAGCAGGGCGGGAAGGCGCGCGCCAAGGCCAAGUCGCGCUCGUCGCGGGCCGGGCUGCAGUUCCCCGUGGGCCGCGUGCACCGGCUGCUGCGCAAGGGCAACUACGCGGAGCGGGUGGGCGCCGGCGCCCCGGUGUACCUGGCGGCCGUGCUGGAGUACCUGACGGCCGAGAUCCUGGAGCUGGCGGGCAACGCGGCCCGCGACAACAAGAAGACGCGCAUCAUCCCGCGCCACCUCCAGCUGGCCAUCCGCAACGACGAGGAGCUCAACAAGCUGCUGGGCAAGGUGACCAUCGCGCAGGGCGGGGUGCUGCCCAACAUCCAGGCCGUGCUGCUGCCCAAGAAGACCGAGAGCCACAAGGCCAAGAGCAAGUAGACCGGGCCCGGAGCAGCGCCGCGAGCCCAGAAGCAAAACCCAAAGGCUCUUUUCAGAGCCACCCACGGUCUCGAGAAGGAGCUGGGGAUGCUACUGAGGGGCGGUA